UCACAUCUAAGCUGCGGAACGGCAUCAACAAGCUUAUUAGAGCGAAAGAAACACAGAAUACUGAAGUACCGCCGUUUUCGGUUGAAUCACAAUGUUAUAGCCGUCUCCGUUAGACGUGCAGCAUACGAACCCCAACGCCAGGGGACAAAUAUCCCGGUCAGAAAUGGUUGUUGUUGUGGAAUUUAGCGCAGGACGCGUAGGAGCGCACUUGACAGCUGGAAUGUAACGUUAACUGGUCUCUGAUGAGCUCGAGCAGGCUAACAAACACAGCUAGCUGAUGAUUACAGCUCUUAUGACAAUGUGUUUCUUUGCGAGCGCACAGCAGACGCAUGCUUAGCUGGAUAUAGAAGUAUGCUAGGAUGUUCAAAAAUGUGUUCGGUUCAGGAUUUCUGGUGAGGACCGCUCAUGUCAUUUUGACAUGGGUUAUAACGCUGAUUCUCUUCCUCCACGACACCGACCUGCGCCGACAGGAGGAGACUGGGGAGCUCACACUGCCGGUUCUCUUUGUGCUGCUGGUUCUGGUGUCUGUGUUGCUGUACUUUGCGGUCUCACUCAUGGAUCCUGGUUUUGUUCUGACUGAUGACUGUGACUUGCAGUUCACACUUGGUAUCGCAGAAGAAACACAGGAUAUGAUUCCACAGACAACCAAAUCCAUACGACUGCGGCGCUGUGGACACUGUCUGGUGCAGCAACCGAUGAGAUCGAAACACUGCCAGACGUGUCAGCACUGUGUGCGUCGCUAUGAUCACCACUGCCCCUGGAUCGAGAACUGCGUCGGGGAGAGGAACCAUCGCUGGUUUGUGCUUUAUCUGGCCGUCCAGCUUGUGGUCUUGCUGUGGGGACUGUACAUGGCUUGGUCAGGCUUCAGUCACGCCUCCACCUGGCAGCAGUGGUUGAGGACUAACGGUGUUCUCCUGGGAGCAGCAGCAGUGGUUGCCAUUUUGGCCCUCACCGUGCUCCUCCUCCUGGGCUCGCACCUCUACCUGGUGUCCUUAAACACCACCACAUGGGAGUUCAUGUCCCGACACAGAAUCUCAUACCUCAAGCACUGCGGUGCAGACGAAAACCCUUUUGACAAAGGAAUCCUGCGCAAUCUCUGGGGCUUCUUCUGCGCUUGGGAACCGGUGGUUUGGGAGCAUGUUUACUUCAAGCAGGGCAAUGAUCCCAUUUGAUUCCCUGGGUGUCGUGAUAUCCCUGACGUAUAACCAAUAAGACGGAAGUUGAUAUUUUAUUAGCGGGAAACUUCUUCAAACUUUGCAGGACGUCUACUUCGGUUUCCUUGUGAAUGAUCCAUUUGGAAAGUGUUUCUUAAAUGCAUGAACUUUGUAGUUGCGAUGAUGUGAUGAUCAAGUGUUAUCAAAUGAUGAGUGUUUUUAUAAAAGGUGUUUUGCGAAUUCUUUAGCAGUACUUUGACAAUUGUGCUGAUUUUUGCACAUUUUUAAAGCAAACACAGAACAAAAAGCACAAGAAAAAAUUAAUCACAACAGUUUUUUUGGAGCUGUAUUGUGGUUUCCAGUUAAUGCAAUACAUUAAGAUAUGUGAAACUCGUGCGUAUGUAUUAAUUAAGCUCUCUUACAUGGUUCUACAAAGCUGCUGUACAAACUAGAUCUAUCUUCAUUUAUAGCAGCAACAAAUCAUGUUGUACAGUUACAUCAGCAAUGACUUUGUGCAAUUAUUGGAUUUGUGAAAUUUUUACAGAUUUGUUUUUUAGAAUAUAGAUCUCCUCGUAUAAGAGACAGGGUAAUGAGAAAUUGAUGUGAAAUAACAUCCUCUAGCACUUUAUAUAUAUUUGAGUGGUGAGAUUUCAAUAUGCUUGUAAUGUGAUUUUAUAUGAUUAAAUGUACUAUAAUCUGUAAACUAGACAUGACAAAUCAACAGAUUAAAAUACUUUUUAUAGGGUACAUUUCCAUGACACUUAAGACUUGGCAGUAUGACUGUAUAUAUACACAUUGUUACUGAAGAAAUAAAGUCUUAUCAUAAAAUGCUUAAUCACAUGCUUAGAGAAAAGGAUUGACUCAUUAAAAGCAAAUUAAAUAUCGCUGCCAAGCAGCCUCCCGCUGGGUCAUAAUGCCUGCCCCAUGUGGUCUUAACUUUAUUCAAGGGUUGCAGUGUUACACUAAUAAAUAUUUAUGAAAAAGAUAGAUCUAUCCAAGUAUAUAACGCAUCAACUCGGGUUAUAACAGAUCAAUUGGCAUCAAUCACAAGUCUGAUUUUACUUUAUUGUGAAAAUCUAUAACUUAAAGGAAUUACAAAUGUCAAACCUGACUCUGUAAAUUAAGACUUCUCAAAAACACACUAACCUAAAAAAAUUACCGUUAAAAAAUAAAUAUGUAAUAACCUUUUUUGAGGUUUUGGAAUAACUACCUAUUAAAAUAGUUAUAUUGUAAAAUAAAGUGAAUAAAACAAAUUAUGUCACCAUUAAUCUCGGAAAACACAUUUCUAAAAGGUGCUGUUGACCUGAAAUUUUCCCCAGAUGAGAAUAACAAAUAAAAUGACAUGGAAAAGAGAAGUAUUGAACACAUGAAGGAAGGCAGGUGUAAAAGGCAUGGAAAGCCCAGACAGUAGCUGAAAUCUCUGAGUAGUUAAUUAGCAGUUCUGCCCCUUGUCAAUGUAAAUGAAUAUUAGCGGUUUCAGUUCAACACCUACAUUAGCAGAUGAGGAAGAUGAAACCAGGGUGGACAUUAGGACUGUGCGAUAUGGGCAAAAGAAACCCAUCAUGAUUUUCUUGAACAAUAUUGCGAUUUUAAUCACGUUUUUUGUCUCAGACAGACUAAAUCUGUGUUUACAGUGUGAAUCUGAAACAUAUUUCAAAAGAAAAACAAUUGGAUCUUUAUCAAAGACCUGUAAAAUGUCUCUAAAACAGACAUAAAAUAAAAUUCUCCCCAUACAUAAAACCCGUUACAGAGCAAUGCAGCAAUGUUUUGCUAGUUUGUCAUCCUCUGAGAAAACGGUUGAUGGUCACCGAGCAACGUCAGAGGAGCACCUGCAAAGCAUGUUGAACUUGACUUAUUGCGCUUUUAGAUGCAAUUUAUGACGGACUUACAAAUGGUUCUGCCAUACAUCAGCCUUCCUGUAUCCAAAGUAACUUAAUCCCAUACCACAGACAUUGGCUAUUUGCACGCUGCGUUAUGAUUGGUUCAAAUAGCAUACUGCAGGAAAAUUGUGCUGUAAGGUGAUUUAGAAAUUGCGCAUGUCCAAAUCACGGGUUCGAUACGAUUUCAAUGAAAUCACACAUCCUUAGUGGACAUUUCAGCAAAACAAUAAUCUCAAACAUCUCCAAAAAGAGAAAAUAAAGCUGCUAGAAUGGCCCAAACAAUAAUAUGAUCUGAAUCUGGAGUUCUUAGACUAGACUCACAGAAUCAAGACUCUGAAGCAUGGUACAUAUUCAUGUCAACAGCUCCUUAAGAAAUAUGUAUAUAUAUAUGUGUGUGUGUGUGUGUGUGUGUGUGUGUGUGUCAUUUAAUACAUAGUUUACUUGUUAUAUAUUGUAACUGUGAAAUAUAAUGAAAUAAAUAAUAGGCCCAGCCCUAACACUCACACAAACAUGCGUUAACGAUAGUCAUUUUAAAUUUAGGCAAAUAACUAAUGUAGAGUCAUGCAUAUUUGCAGACGCUCAGUGUUUCUUUGCAAAGAAUAGUGUCACUAGCCACUGGCCUAUGUGACUGUUGCCAACCGAACGAAAAACUCUAAAUUCCCAAAGUAAAAACUUGUACAUAGGUGUUGUGUAAAUGUACCCUUAGAAUAUGAACAUAAUCCGUGCAGUAAUGUUCAACAUUACAGAUAUAACAUAUUGUGUAAACAUGGCCUUUCCUAUUUCACAUCAGCAGGAGUAAAUGCAUGUGACAUUCCUUUGACUGUUAGACUAAGGUCCAUUUUUGACUGUCAGAACAGAGCAAAGUAAGACAUUUAUAGAUAAAUGCAGUACAACGAAAACCACAAAGUGUGAUUUUCUUCAGUCAAUAAGAUUAAAAAUCAGCAAUAAUAGUUUCAGCUUUGGCUUGAUUUCAGUUUGCUUCUUUUUGCACUUGUGUGUUUUUAAAUGUACUAUCAUUAAUGCAAGGAUUUCCUGAACGAUCUGCUCCAUUUUGAUCAAAGUUAUGCAAUUGAUUUUCCCUCCAUGUAUUAUUUUGAAAUAUCAGUAUUCAAUAAACUGAACAACAUGG